AUGCUGACCAAAAACCGCGACGUCGACGUAUUCUCAUUAUCACUGGCAUCACUCGAAGACAUUCACAAAGCCCUCGAACCCAAGACUUUGAUCGAUCCUGCAACAAAAGUACCACAACACUACCAUGAAUUCUUGAAGGCAUUCGACCAAUCAGAGGCGGAUAAACUCCCCCCACACCGAGACUGCGACCACGAAAUUGAACUUCAACCUGGAACGACUCCACCACAUGGACCUCUGUACGGGAUGUCCCAAGACGAACUUCUCGUCCUCCGGAAAUUCCUUCAGGAAAACCUUGACAAGGGUUUUAUACGCGCUAGCACCUCACCGGCGGCCUCGCCGGUGUUAUUUAACCGCUACCCGCUACCGUUAAUCCAGGAGACACUUUCUCAGCUAAGCCAAGCCAAGUAUUUCACCAAACUCGAUGUCGUCGCAGCGUUCAAUCGAAUACGCAUCAAGGAGGGUCAGGAGUGGAUGACGGCGUUCAACACAAGAUAUGGUCUCUUCGAGAGCAUGGUGAUGCCUUUUGGACUAUCAAACGCCCCAGCUACCUUUCAAGCUCGAAUCAACGAAGUCUUACGCCCAUUCCUUGAUAGAUAUUGCACAGCCUACAUCGACGACAUUCUCAUCUACUCAGACGACCUCGCCACCCACAGACUCCACGUCAAAUCAACCCCCCUGCGACAAGCGACCAUCUCUCACCACAGCGGCUGCAGAUUGUGGCAUCUGUUCAAAACCGUUGUGCUCCUCGAAAACCAAGUCCGGGCACGCAACGAUCCCCAACUUCGCGCACUCCAGGAUCGAGUUCGUAACGGGCGCCAGACGCAGCAAGACCUCGACUUGCUCAACGAAAACAUUGUAGGAAGCUCCCAAAUCACCUUCCACGAUGGUUUGCGUGCUAUAACGCCACUGAACCGCACCCGCUGGGCCCUCAACAUGGAAGCUGUCGUGGGCUGGGCGCGCUUCAACAAGCGGCAUAUCCGGAUCUUUGUCUCGACUCACACCUGGCGCAACGGCACGCUUUCUCCAAACAUCGUAGCGCGAACCAUAGGACAAGGUGACGACUCCGCUUGCAAGGUCCCCGGCGUCUUCUUCUACGCCCAGGGCAUGCCUGUGGUUGUGAACAAGAACAUCUACACUGGCUUGAAAGUUGUGAAUGGGGCCGACUUUACUGCCGUGGACGUAAUACUCGAUCCCAAUCACCCAGGAUACCACUUGGCGGAUGACGUGACCAUCCACUUCGGGCCACCGCUCGGCAUUCUUCUGCGGUCCGAGGAGACGAAGGCCUUGGCGAUACCGUCCCUCCCGGUGGGGACGGUACUCAUCCGCCCCAUGUCACAUACACUUGAUUCGACUACCGCGUUCGUCCUCACCGAUUACAAAGCCCAGGGUAAAACGUGCGAUUUUACGAGCCUCUAUGUGCAACUGUCCAGGUGCACCUCGCUUCGGGGCAUCAAGCUUCUUGGUCCUGUGAGACAGCAUGAUUUCAUUGGCAAUGGGCUGGAUCCGGCCAUAAUUGAUGGAAUGCAGAGACUCAAGAACUUGGCCGCAGAAACGAGACGGUUAUACGAGGACCAGGGUUUCGAAAAGUAG